AUGACCAUCUCACUUUCCAAUCGCGACUUCCGCACAACACUGCGACAGGCAGGCAAGCAUCCCGCGACAUUUGAUGAUGGCAAGUCAGAUAUCACAAACUACGCAACGUCGUCCUGGAGUCCUGCUCUAUGCCUACAAACAUACAUUGGGGCUUUCUUUCGGUUCCCCCCCCAACCCCUACCCAGGUCCCAAGUUCCCAAUAAUCCCAACCUCAAGGGCAUUGACUUCCACUUACAUCGUCAUAACCCAAGUCAAUUGACCCGAGCCACCGAUGGCGCCUAUCAAGCGUCGGGUGGCUCUUCCGACUCUGGUCGUUCCCGUCGAGUUAUCCGUACACUAGUUGUGAGCCUUGCACUCUCAACAAGUAUGCUCGAGGCUGUGGGAUGCAAGAUAAGAACCAACAACAAAACGAUUUUCUGCCGCUUUGUUGGUUCGAGUCGUCUGUACCUCGACCCUGGUCCCGCGCGGCCGACGAAGAUUGACAAGGAGAGGAGAAAAAAAAAGUCAACGUCCGGCGAAGGCGACGGAGGCGGUGGUGGCGGCGGAAAAACGGAGAUUCCUGUCGUUAUUCCUGCCGUUAAGGUUGGGAACAUGAACGGCACUCUGAACGGCAAGCGCCAAGCAUCGUCAAGUACCUACCUGCCUUGCCUUGAUGCUUGGGUGACUUCGUCGUUCCUGUCAAUCCUUUUCCUCAUUCACCUGCCUUUCUCCUUCCCUGCCUCACCUUGCUCACCUGCCGCGCCUGCCUCACCUGUGGUGAUCUGCGUAAGCUGUGGCAGGCGGGCAGGGCUGGACUUGGCUGCGUUUCGGAGAAAACUCCAUCGCUUUCCCAGCCUGCCACCAACAUCCAACCACAACACCAUCACAGACUUCAAAGCCACGGCCGAAACGCAAGCUCUCAAUCACAAUGUCGUCAAUACGCCAACGCUGGCGGCGCACCACUGUCACUCUUCAACGACGGAUGUGCCCGUCUACACGAUGCCCGCCCUUAGUACAGCCGAUAUCUGCAGAUCGGCCACUAGAGGCUUGUAUCUCUUCGAUGGCGUCUUGUGUUACCGUCACCCAUCCACCACCACGUUCCCGGCCCCCCCCAGCCACUCUGCACCCUUCCCAUGGCUUCUGGGAGCGCAAAUCGCGGGAAGCAUACAGGAAUCGUCUGUGCCUGGCCUGGCCCCGGCCUGUAGUCCCGGACGAGACUCGAGACUGAGAGUAAACGUCGUGGGAGCCGUGGGAGCGUACCUUAGUGCCGUGUCAAAAAUGUGUCGCGCUUGUUCGUCCGUCGUCCAAGAUCGCCAAAUGUUGCCCCAAUCCUCCCACACCCCACAUACGACUCCCGCCGAGGUCGAUGCCACCGUCUCGUUUCUGGCAGGGUUGCGCACACAAACAGUCAGGUACAUACCCAAGGUACUCCUCAAGGGUUCAACAAGUCUCCUAGCGUCCGCAAAACGCACAGUUCGCCUCAUCGACGUGAAUGUAACCCUCCACGUUGGAAACGCGGGCCCCUCGUUCAAAACAGAACGGAGCCGUCUCUACACCCGGGAAUACGCCGUAGACUUUGAGGCGUGCUGCGUGCAUAGCACUGUGAAGGUGGCGGUCUGGGAGUCGGAAAAGGCCCGACGGCGUGGCGGACUCGUCUCUCCCAACCAAACAAACUCUUCCUGUCAAGAUAAUGCAGCAACAAGCCGCCGCACCAGUAUUAACGCCAACGCCAACAGAUGGGAUGUCAGUUCUCGAGCCGAACCAUACCAGGCCAGACCAAGUCCCAAAUCGCUCAAGCUUCUAUUUCCAACGUGGUAUCCGUCGAGGACAGGGCAGAUGCAACCGCGAGAGUUCCGUCGCGCGAACGACCUCGAACAAAAACAGCCCCCAGAGCUCCAUCAGUCUGGCCGUCAGCCGUCCUACGGUCCUACGGCGGCGGAGGCGCUUACUAUCCUCGUCGUCGUCCUCAGCUUGAAUCAGCCUUCGACUCCACUCCCAGCCACUAGAGACCCUGUUUCCUGCUCAUAA